AUGGACGAGGUCGGCUGCUAUCACACGGAAUCUGUGCAAUUCCUCGGAAGCAGGCCUCCGGUUACUACCGUACCACGCAGAAUCAAAAGCCAGCUCCUACAAUUCGUGAAAUUUGCGUCCCUCGAACCUGACGAUAAAUCCCUCCUGCGCCUCGCGGCGGUUGCGGCUCUGGCCGUGCACAGUGUGGCCGCGCACUACGGGUUCCAGCAAUUCAGCGAGCGCGGGACCAAGUACCCGCCGUGGAUGUACAUCCGGCGCAACAGCAGCCCCGACUGGCUGCAGAACGGGCCCAUGACGGACCUGGCGUCCAGCGACCUGCGAUGCAAGGUGGGCGGCAGUCAGGUCAGCAACGGCACCGAGGCCAUCGCCAUGAAGGCCGGAGACGAGUUCACCUUCACGCUGGACACGGCCGUGCACCAUGCGGGCCCCGUCUGCCUUCGUUCGAAUAGCGAUUCACUCCAGGAUCGAAUUGAGGAUGAGCCAACCAAAAUCGGGGCGGUCGUUGGAGAGCUUGAGAACGUCGGCGUCGGUGUCACUGAGCUGGAUGCUGAUAUUAUCUUUGCCUGGGGUGUUGUAUUUGUCGAUGCGCUGGGCGGACUGCUGCUGGCUGCCGGAUCGACGUCGAGGACUUGGAUCAUUUUGGUGACCACCACAGUCUCGGUGACGCGGUUGGUAAUUGGCGGCCAUGUCUUGUAG